CGCGAAAUACGCGAAUCGCGAAUGGCCCGAGCUCGACUCGAACAACAAUCAAGUGAAUCAAGUUUAAAAAUUUAAAUUUUAUGGAGAAAAUGUAUUAAUUCCUUCUUUAUAUAAAUAAUUAAAUCAUCAGUUUAUAAACAUGUUUAUUGUGGGGCUAACAGGGGGUCUAGCUACGGGGAAAAGCACUGUUCUAUCCAUAUUUCGUGAAAAUGGAAUUGCAGUUAUAGAUGCUGACCAGAUCGCCAGAAAAGUGCUGGAACCAGGGACACAAGGCUGGAAGGAACUGAAAGCCUACUUCGGAGACCAAGUGUUGCAGCCUGAUGGCCGCGUGAACCGAGCCACGUUGGGAGAAAUCAUCUUUGAUGACAUCGAGAAGCGGAGGAAGUUGAAUGCCAUCACACACCCCCGUAUUCAGAUGGCGAUGCUGGGAAUGGCUGUGUCAUACUUCUUUGCUGGUCACAAGUACAUUGUCAUGGAAGUCCCAUUGCUGUUUGAAACUGGAAAGAUGUUGACUUUCAUGCAUAAAAUUAUUACUGUUGUGUGUGAAAACGAUCAGCAGUUGGAGCGUCUGUGUAAGCGCAGUGACUUCUCACCGGAGAUCGCCAAGAAGCGUAUCAGCUGCCAGAUGCCACUCGACCAGAAAGUGGCCAACUCACACUUUGUGAUCGACAACUCAGGGGAUAUCAGUGGCACUAAAGUUCAAACGGAACGCAUCAUCAAAGUUCUGAAAACAUCUUCUUUCACACGGAACUUCAGGGCUAUACUUUCGAUUGGAUGCCUAGGUGUUAUAUUUGGUACAAUUUAUCUAAUUAGAUGGCUGCUCUAAAUACUGUAAGGUAUUGGUGAUAUUUAUUAUGAUGCCUUUUGGCACAGUUUUAUUAAUUUAUAAGUAGGUAUUUUUGUAGUCAGUUAUUUUAUAAGUUGACAGAGAAGCAAUAAAUAACACCAAUAAUUUUAUGUAUAAAAUUGUCAUUGUUGUUUAGAAUAUUUCUAACGUAUUUUUCAGUAGAAUAUUUAUUAAUUAGGUAUUUAUUGUAUUAUUGUGUUUUGAGAGUCACAGAGAAGCAAUACAUUACACUAAUUAUAAUA